AUGGUUGAAACCAUUCUUGAUUCUCCGCUACCGGCCUCCAAGCCUCAACUGCAACGCUUCCUCGACAUGAUCAACCUCUAUCUCCGGUUCCUACCAAACUGCGCUGACCUCAUACUGCCGCCCACCAACAUGCUUUCUCAACCCAAGGGUCCCCACGUGUCUACUGGUGACUCGUUGACUGUUAUUAAAAGUAUCAAAGCUUCUCUGACUGACGCUACCUCGCUCACACAUCCCACAGCCGAGGCACCUUUGUCGCUAUUGGUAGGCACUUUGACCUUAGCCGUUCGCGCAGUCUUGCUGGCUCGAUCCAGCCAUUGCUCUUCAUCUCCAAGAAAUGCUUGCCACCUGAGAUGCGUUACAUUAUCUUUGGCCGUGAACUACUUCUCACCUACUUGUCUGAGAAGCAUUUCCGACACUUUUUGGAGGUCAUGACGUCGUCAUUUCCACGGACCGUGAGCCCCUUGCACUUGUCCUUCAGUCUCGCCCUGAUAAAUGUAAUCCGAGAGGGUUCACCUACCAGGACAACGUCUUGCAAUCCUCCACCAAAAUCUGCCAUAUUGGUGGCUCGAAGAAUGCGGCGACUUACGUACUACCCAGGCCUUCCAUCUCCGCGCUUCAGUUCUUACAUAGGCUCAACCUGCUGCCAUACCGGCCGAGCCCCUAUGAGUAGGAUGUCAUGACAACAGGCUAGUUAGUGGUCUCGAGUCAGCAGGCGUUCCUCUAACCACAGGUGCUGGCAAGACACCUUGUGAGGUCUGGGCUCCUGCCCAUUUCACCUUUGUGCCCGCCUCGGUGUAUCGAGCUGUAUUUCAAUCACUUUAUAUGCUCUCACAUCCUGGGACCGAAGCCUCACAAAAUGCUCCUCACAGAAAGGUUCGCUGGGUUUGUCAUGAAGAAGGACGUGAAUGCUCGGUGCCUUCGUGUCUCAGUUGCCAGCGGAUCAAGGUUCAGCGCCACAACAAGUCUCCUCCCGGCACCUUCCUCAGCAACGGCACACGGCUCAGUCCUGUUCACCUGGAUGUCGUAGGCCACUUGCCUUCAUCGAAUGGCUACACUCGCCUCCUUACCUGUGUCGAUCAGUAGGCCCACUGGAUCGAAGUAAUUCGUCUGUCGAAUGCGGAGAAUGAUAUCAUCGUCAAGGCUCUCGUCAGUCGCCGCGUCACCAUUUCUAGCGGAUGCCAGUUAAGGGUCGUGCGUAUCAAUAAUCACGACCAAGAGAAUCGUGGAGCGACCUGACUCGCCUGUACUGUGUACUCCCGAACUGAACACUCCUAUGGCCCUUUCAGGUUGUUAGACAAUGCUUGAAUCACGGACAGAGACAAGACUUGAGGGACAGCAAUGAGGUCAAACCAAAAAUCCUAUCUUCACUUGAUAUCGCAGUUGCUUUUGCGAGUCCUCUAAUAUACGCAAUAUGACAGUCGCCCUCCUGGUGUAGGCGAACCAAGCACUGCUUGUGCGAGAACCAGCUAAUGACCGGUUGACGUACGCAUGAACUGGAGAGCACUUGACUACGCUUUGCAUCGUCCGUGUUUUCUCUCCAGCGUAAUAAAUGAACAUCCUACCUGCGGCCGCUCUAACUGUUUGAAAAUGUUCAUUUCUGCAAUCAGCCGAUUUCUACUGACAACUGAAGUGGUGGGACUGGGACAGGUGACUCAGCGAAAAGCACCCUGUAGAUCGCUUUAGGCUUGACUCUCGACAAGCGAAUGAUAAGAGAGGGUCGAGUUUUGAUGAAUACCACCGGUUAUUCAUCAAUGACACGUGGUUUCGACAUUAGCUCCUGCAGUUACUGAAAUGGUAUCCCAACGGUCGUCCAGCAGCUAACCAUUUUGACCAUAUUUUAAUCCGUUCAGGGUCUGGUUGCUUGGUUCUUGGUAGUGGAUCGAUGAGGGGCGCUGAAACUUGCAACUACUAUGCGUCAGGUCAUGUUCUCGUUUGCAAGCGCAAGAAAGUCCACAUGCCGACGUUUAGGUGUCGCAGAAUUGCAAUACCCUAAUGCAGGGAGAGCUUAGAAUACGGGAAUCCAGUCUCCCUUUGUAGAACUCGUCGAAGAGCUAAAAGAGCGAUUGGCUAUUGUCGAUGCACUCGGUCAGUGGGGUAGAACAAGAAAGACUUAAAUCGGCUUAGCGACGCCACAGUUAUUGGGUCGGCAGCAGAACUUUACCGUCAUCUGCCCAGAGAGAACUGACCGAUAAUCGCAACGAAGAUUCACUCCACCACCUCUGGAGAGCGACGGACAGACCGUCUAACUAUGACCCCAAACUACGCUGCUAAUUUGACGGCCUCUGCAAGGUGUUUCGAAACUCUUUGUGACACACGAAAACACUAGCGACUUAUUCGUAAAAUUACCUGCAGUUGAUUUGCGGCUUUAAGGAUUGUGUGUAUCUGCUAGGUCAUGAUUCAUCAAACCAUGGUCUUUGCAGUCUGGUGUGUGCUGACAUGUUUGGAAUCAUCUGCUGGGGCGACAAAAAACGACAACGUUGCUGGACACGUCUGGACUUUGAGCGAAAAUUACAAAAUCGCGUGUAGCUACGCGAAGUCCUGAGACUGGUUAUCGAUUAAGCCUUGUCGGUGCGUAAGUAGACUGGCGGGCCAACAGCAAAGAAUUUCCGGACCUUUGGCGAUCCGAUACUUACUGGAUCGAUCGGAAGUCAACCUAUGAGGGCCCUAGGAAUCCGUAUCACAUGCGACCCUUGUCAAUGGCGUAAAUGAAUUUAGUGGCUUGGAUGUGGGGGGGGGGGUGAUGGGGUGCGAGCGUGUUGUUCAUAGAACUGAAUACCAAAUGCGUAGGGGAAGUUCUGACUGGGAAAUACAGGCAUAUUUAUAAAUCCCUAGUAGGCUAUACUCACAGGCACAUUUUUUGCUACACACCGACUUAAUCCAAUAUCUGCCGCGGUGACCCCGAACGCGCAGUGUGUGCCGACACGUCCUGUUAUCCUGUUCCCUGUCUCAUUUUCUCCCUCAUACUUGCGUAGUCAUGUGGCGAGUGCACAUGCAUUCUUGUAAGCGGUCAAAGCUAAAUCGGUUCGUAUCCCUAAUGAAUAAAGUCGUGACCCAUAGGAGAAUUUGGAAGCCGCCUGAAAUAUUUAAUCAGCCUUGUCUAGGGCUGCACUGUUUACCCUUUCGCUAGAAAGUUAUCCUACAACUGCUGGCAAAACAAACCAGCAACAUGUUGCCCUUGCUUGUGGAUGUAAAAGAGUCUUUGAAACAAACUAUAGGACAACUGUCACGGUAACGAUAUAUUGAAGGCCCCCAAGUACCUAGGACGUACAAAAGCACGAUUACUAUACGUGUUUAAGUAGGCCAUGUUUUAUUCAAUACUCUCCUACCAUGACAAAGAGAUAUCAGCAUGAAAAGCAUCAGAAAGCUGAGGGAUGUGAAUUCAAGUUCGGAAUGUUGACUCUGGUGGACAGAGCACUGUCAGACGUUCAGUGUCAGGAUCUUAGAGCUUUCGCAUACUUUAGCAUUCACUACUAAUGGCCUGAGUAUUCCGACCCACACCAUAGGUUUAGGUUUGCGGAGUCUUGGCGCACACAGAACCGUAAUAUGCUAUUCGAUCAUUUGAUUUUUUUAGGAUUUUUGAGAUGUUUAAGAAAAUACGGGUCUUCAAUAACCACGCAGGUUACUUCUGUGGUUGCUGCUCUAGAGUUCUGUCUCAGUAGGACCGAGAUGCAAGACAGCAAUGAUAUUCGAACUUAUUCAGUGAGGAAUCAUGGUCACCAUGUUGCACAAUUCUGAAGCGCUGGGCCGAUGUACUACGGUCAUCAGGCUUUACGGUCGUUGUGCCAGACCUCAUCGCUCCUUUGUCUGGUAGCUCUGCUGUUACCUGACUGGAACUGUUUAUUCGUCAAGUACAGUGGAUGUGAUAACUCACGAAAUGCCAUGAGUUUCAAAAGAGAAUUCCUAUAACACACAAUCCGCUCAUGCAAUUUCAUCCAAGGUCUAAGAGCAGUAAAGAAACUACCCUACUUAAAGAGAGGACAUAGUUGGGUUUAUAAAUUAAUAUUUGCAAAGAUAGAGAUAAUUAUUUUCCACUGAAAGAUAGAAUUUUAGAAAAUGGCUGCAUUACAAAUCAUUUAAAUAAAGCCAACUAUAACGAUUCAUAAGGAAAAGGGAGGAAAAGAAUGCCUAAAAAUCGUGAAAAAAAUAACGAAAAUAAAAAUCAACAUGUUGCUGACUUUCCAUCUGCAUAUAGCGCAGCAGAAAAUCUAUUAGCCAUAGACAUGGCUAGGCUGUCUAUAGUGAGUUGUUCAAUUAGCACAGCAUCAGGCUUUUCAUGCAUUUAAAGAUUCUUUUUUGCCAUAUGUCAAUCUAUUUUCAUUAAAUUAAGAUCUAGGCCGUUGACAGGACUAAAAAUCGACUGGAGGGCGUGCUCGGGAGGCUGGCUGUUGUCUGAAAUGUUAAGUUAUAGUCUUAAAUGUUACCAGGUUCCUAGCUUUUUAGAGCUUUGAACAGAGGCAUUAUCCUGUACAAGUAUAGCAUUCAUUCAGCGUCGGUGGGUGUCUUUGUAGCCAAACUUAUAAUCCACAAUAACCUUGUCCUUGAUGGUACCCGUAGUCAACUGUUGGACUGGCUCCAUCGACUGUCGAUAGUUCUUGAAGUUUGUUGUCGAUGCAGUAUGCUCUACUAAAAAUUUCUUUCCACAUAUGACUAUCUGGGUCGACUUCGUAGGCUUAUCUAAAAGUACGACCUCAUCGCAGAGGCAAAUGCUCAUCCAAAAUGAGAGCCUGUAAUCAAUCAACUGUACGUUCUCCUGACUGUUUCUGGAUCGUAUGAUGAGCGUUCAUUUUCCUUCAUGAUAAACUCACUGUACCGCAAAAUUAUCCCAAAGCUUGAGCCUUAUAAUAUCACUGUCGAGUGGUGUUCACCUAAGUAUCUUGAUUGGAGGACAGAGGUGAGCAUCUCCGUUUUCCCCUCGAGCUCCAGCAAUGGAGUCUUUGCAGGCGGCCGCAUGGCGACGAGUAAUCAGUAUCGGAGAAGCACUACCGACAAAGACAACAAAGCUAGUGAUGUCCAUGACACAUUUGUGUCACGUGCCAUCCACAUCCCUGUCCCAGGUGGAAGUUACAAUUGCAACCCGAGUUGGUUGGUCAUCGGCGAACAUCUCCACCGUGAGCUUUCGAAUAUUUCCGAUUGAACUGGCAGGUCAUGGGUCCAUAGCUUGAUUUUAACUAGGCUUGUUUACAAGUUGAUCCGAAUUUAAGUCUUGUUGGUGAAGACAAACAAGCGAAAAUGGUAAUAUUUCUUGAUUUGAAUUGUCACCCAUCUCCUGCAUCCAUGUAUUCUUUAUUCGUGUAUAGGCGGUCCAAAGUGAGCUGCAUUUGGCAGUUAUUCUUGCAUGUUCGUUUUUAAAAUGGUCUUUUAGAGGAGUUAAUGGGCCCACAUAUAAAGCGAAUCACAAAGUAUCCGCGGCCCUCUGAUCGUACGGGAAGCGCUGACGAAGACAGUGAGGCGCCUAGUGAGGAGAAUAUCCGUCGUGUGCUGGCGUUUCGGCUAGAUCGCAGUUGGUAGCCAGGAAUGGGGAAGCGGACGACGACCUUAACUCUAAUCCUAAACUUAACCCUAACUCUAACCUCAACCUUAAACGGUAACCCUAACGGCAAUCCCAAACCCUAAACCUAACGAAAAUCGUAAACGUAACCGUAUCCCUUAGACAAAACCGUAACUGAAAAACCUAACCGUAACCCAAAAACCUAAGCCUAAAGACUUAACCCUAACCCGAAAAUCCGAAACCAUUAACGGGUACCCUAAUCCUAAUCUCAAACGUAAAACGGAAGCCAAAUGGUUCAGAUGUGAUUAUGGAUUCCCUCAAAAUAGCAUCAAUAAACGAACCCCUCCCCCUCCCACCUGAAAUACGGAUCCCGGCUACCAACUGCGAUCUAGCCGGCGUUUCUUGCGGGCAUAGCACGUCCGCGCAACACGGGGGACAGUUCAGAUCCUUCUUCUGGUGAACCACAACAGCACGUAAAGCACGGCUACCUCAGUCUCAUUUGUCCCGGUUGGUACCCCCUUCUCUAAUGAUAAACAUUACUAAGGUGGCAGCUUCUACUCGAACGUUAUUUACGUAGGUAGCUGGAGGGAUGUUCAUCCAAAGGGCAGCAUUCUAUCAUGCUAAAAUUGAUAUGAAAUCAAGUUCGCUGCUAAUUGCGUUUGACACCCCUUUGAAGAAAUAUAUUCCAUUCAAAAGUUUACUGAGAAAUUUUGGUCAAUGAUUCCUAAGUUUUGACACAUGUUCACUAUGUCAGAGAUUGGACGAACACAGGUAUGUACAUACUUUGAUGCGUUUUUAUACUAGCUGCAUUUGCAAUAUAAUACAGUGGAAGUGAAAGUGACGAUUUGUACCCUCGAGCCAGUCUAGGAAACGAAGAAAUACGAGCAUAAAACUUGUACCUAAAAUAAGAUGCGAAGUUUGGUAUAAAUAGUUAGACUACUUACGUAAGGUAAUAUUCCGGACUGGUAUGUAGGUUACCGUAGGCCUAAGGGAUUUGCGUAGUACUUGAUUUUGUUGGAAACCAAGCGCUUACUAUCUAGUAGAUACCACUAAUAUCUUUAUUAAUAUAAUAAUACGAUUCCCACCUCAAGAUCGCUCUUCAUCGUAGGAGGGAUUACACGUUUUCAAGCCGUAAAUGUUUUCAAAAAGUUGUUACGAACAUCCACAAGAUGGAGUUUUGUCCAACCUUGUUGCAACCCCAAUUACAACCUCUCUUUUCGGCGGUAUAAAGUAAUUCAUUGGUAUUUUGACUGGGCAGGAAAUAUGAUAAGGAGGGCCUGAUUAAAACUCAAAUAAUCCCUGAAGCAACUUUGUGUGCUGCAUGUUCGAAAAUUUGACUAGUCUUCGUUGUCAUAUAUAUACCCGAUCGAAACCGACAAGACAAUGAGCCUGUGGCUCAGUGUUUAGGCGCGUUGGAAUUCUAACCUACAGGUGGCGGGAUUGAGUCCCGGGUGUUUCACAACUCAGCACUGGGUAUGACUGGCUGAUGACGGCUAACAAGUCAGAAAUGGUCAGCCCAGUCUUCCUUAUCUUUAUCGGUGAUAUUAUUCUGCCUUUAUUUCGCGCCGGUUGGGGACGAGACUGAGCCCCAAGGCACAACGGGGUGAGUGAGUUCCGUAACACGACCGGUGAACGCCCUUCUAUCAUCUUUUCGGUCCUUUUGAGGGCCUACGUAAUGCGACAAGACGUCUGUCUAUCUGUCUGUACUUGCCAACCAAUCGGAAUGCCCAAUACGCACAGGCGUUUCUUUUCACCGGUGGAAUAAACGCGCUUGAUGCGACUGCUGUUGGUGAAAACCGUGAUCAUACUGUUCGCGAAAUCGUCUGUCAGAAUACACCCUCACAAGGAAUUACAGGGCCUUCCCGUAGGGUGCUCAUAACAAAUCCCAUUCUUGUUCUUGAUAGCAAUGACAAGUAUGAACACACUAAUCUCCGCCACAGUAGAGAGUUUAUGCGAUGACGGAAUCUUCUUCUUUUCACCACCGGUCAAUGCUCAUGGAAACAACAUUUAUCGGCACACCACAGACCAGCACCUCAGCUAAGGUCGGCACCAACUACUUGUCCUGACUGUGUCUCCGCUUGCAUAUGUCUCCCUAAGCAUUGCGCUUACAGGUUCACAGCUAACCUAACGUUGCCUUCGACUGCUGUAAAUUUCGAAUGGCUAAAAUGAAACUCGGUUGGACUAGUGAAAUGCUCUUUCCGUUUUGUCUUCCAAUGAUAUUACAAGAAUUCUGACAGUUGGUAGCCCUUUUUCGGAAACUACUGCUCGACGAUCCAACUAACAAUGUGUACAAGGUCGGUGUCUUUGUUACUUCUUUGUUGGAGCUGGAAAUAUUGAUAUUUUGGACUUGGAGAAUUUCCUUUGGCCAUUUUGUUUUCCUCAGUCAGGACAGGCAUGAUACCUUCAGUGUCUUCAAGAAAGUUAGCCUAAGACUCAGGGAAGGAUGAGUGAAUUUGAAUGGUGUUAAAGGCACAUUUUUUAUCCUUACGAAAGACAGGACUGCUAAUAUUAAUUGACCACUCUGGUCACUUCUUGAAACUUGGCCUUAUAUUGCCAUCACUCGCCAUUUUGCAGAUUUUGAGAGUUACCUCGGAUGAGAACGCUUCCAAACUCAUCGACCUGGAAACUCCCUUUACGUGUUUGUGGCUUCUAUGUGGAGAUGGAGAAUUAGAUAACGGUAAAGGAUCUAAAGACGAGUUAGCCAAGGUAAGCUGUGAGGUUUUUGGUGGUAGGAAGUAGGUGCGGCCUAAAGGAUGAUUUAUACGAUUAAAGUCAUUUCACAGACUCUUCUGCCAAAUGGCGUAUUAGAGAUGGAAAUAUGCGUACCGUUUUUCCCCUUAGAUAUGCUUGCGUAAAUGUUUGGGUAAAAAACGCAAAAUACGGAGAAAAUAUUUCCGAGAGAUUUGCCCAUUGUUUGUCUUUAUAGCAAAAAUUGUCGCGCACUAGGAAAGUUAUUAAGGUUACCAAUAGCAGCUCAUAAUUGCUCGGCCAAUUAGUAAAACUAAAUUCAGUUUUUUAAAAAGCGACAAUGAAGGUGAGUUCACAUGUGGGCUUUUAUUACUGCCAACAACCUCUUGUGAACAGAUUUUUUUAAUUGUUUAGUAGUGACUAUCGGUAUAUGUGCAAUAACAAUCAGAACGAAAACUAUCGGUCCUGUAGGUGAUCCGGAGGACAAGCAGUCUUGAACUUUAAGACCAAAAGUUAUGGGGUGAGAUCAACAGGUUUUCCGAACAGCUCUCAAUUCCAAGGCCUCGCCUAUUUUCGCUAAGGCCCCUAUUGGUAUAUAAACCCCAUUUUAACGAGCUCGAUGCAAAGAAACUGAGAAGGCUUUCCCUCACGCAGCAAUAGAAGAUCUGCGAAACACGUGCCGGACUGUUUAGCUGGUAACUGUGCUGUCGGUAUGGUGAGUCACCUGACAUGUGUAUACUACAGAGUGCCUGUUGGCAGCUUAUAAAUCUUACGCAGUCAUCCAACUAGAGCUGGUGGCCUUUGGCACAGAUAUUCACCUCGACUUUCGGACUGAGUCUAGAAAGGUUUGCUCAAAUGAUUUGCGCCCAGUUAAAGCCUUUAUUCCUGGAGAGAUUAAAAAGUUGAAAUUUCGAAUCUGCACGGGAACGCUGGGGGACACUAAUGAGUCCAACUCCUCGCAGCCGCCAUGGAGCGAUAGGAAACGGUAGAGGGGCGCUCACCGAUCGUUUUAAGAGAACGCAUCUGUUCGGUUGUGCUUUAGGGCUCUCUCUCGAGCCCAACUAACAGCCGCACAGUGGCUCAUAGUAUGGGCGAAAUAGUCUUACCGACAUGGACAAGGGAGUCUUCCUCGUAUUUGUCAGUAGUGCUAGUUUGCCGAUAGUAAAUCGGUAAAAACGUGUCUGGACCUUUAAACAGUACCUAUUUUGUUAUUAUUUUGAGUCGUGAGGCACUUACACUUUACGGCACAAUUGGUCCCCUGAAAAAAAUUUUGUCAACUCAAUUGUUCACUUUCUGCGCUGAAGUGCGCCAACAUUUCCGAGUUUCCGCACUUACUGACUUUAUAAUUCAUUCUUCCCCGUUUGUUGUGUAGUUUCUGCCAGACGUGCUGGAGACCGAUCACAUGAAAUGUUGGCUGAAAUUCUGAAAUUAGUUUUCGACUAGGAAGGAUUACUUGGGCGCGAAUGUAAUACCUAUUAUCUGGCGGCAUAAUCUCAUAACAUUUCGGACCCGGCAGUAUGUCAUCUUUUGAAUACACUGCUUAUCAAUCUCCUGUAGAAAUUUUCCUCGGUAAAAAAUGACUAUUUAAGUAGCAUGCAUUUUUCCCAUUGAUUUUCGAUGGUCUUUCAAAUUCAAAUAUGACUUAUAGAAACGACAGACACAAAUACGCUUUCUUUCAGUCAAUUAAUAGUGAAUCACGUCUUCUUUAUAUUUUAUACUCAAGGAAGGAGUAUAAUUAGGAUUUGAAAAAGUUUUUUAAUUGCCGAAUAAUUUGGAGCCUGAUCAUUCAUUGCAUUAGCGCUUAGUGGUUUUUGUCUACAAGGGGCAUGCGUUUCGCGCAAAGAAAAUCACAUAUUUUUCUAAGCCUUUAAAAAGUUAUCAUACAGAGUCCAUGAAAUUUCGCAAUGGAUGCGGACUGUGUUUAACGUUUCCUGAGGAGCUGUGGCAAACUGCCAGGUACUGUGCUAUGUGAAUGGACAUUACGCGGUCUUACAAAAUCACAAUUCGAAACUUCUGAAACCUACUUAUACUCCUUCCUUGAGUAUAAAAUAUAAAGCAGACGUGUUUCUUUAUUAAUUGACCGAGAGAAAGCAUAUUUUUUAUCGUUUCUAUAAGACACAUUUGAAUUUGCAAGACCAUCGGAAAUCAAUGGGAAAAAUGCAUGCUGCUUAAGUAGUCAUUUUUUACCGUGUACGGUUUCUGCAGCAGAUUGAAAAGCAGAGUAUUCAAAAGCUGACAUCCUGCCGAGUGCAAAAUGUUAUAAGAUUAUGCCGCUAGAUAAGAAAUAUUACAACCGCGCCAAAGUAAUCCGUCCUAAUAGAAAACUCAUUUCAGAUUUUUAACCAACAUUCCAUGACAUCGAUCACUCACUUUAUUAUUUUCAUCCCUCAGUUAACUGGAUCUCUUUUACGAUUUACCUCUGAAGAAUUUGCGGGGGAAGAAAUUACACGAAAGUCAUCUUUGUUGCCUGCCUACCAUGGACUUCAGUUGACGGCAAAAAUAUCAUUAAAAUAUCUGUGAAUGUUAAGUGCCAGUUAAGUUGCGUUUUUGUCUAAUUUUUUUCGAAGGACAUUUCCAAAGUUUGUCAGGCUAGUAGUCAGGUUUUUUGCUGUAUUGCAACAAAAUUAGUAAUUUUUAACAUCAUGUAUACACACAUUGGCAAAUAUUCCUCAUCCAUAUUCCUAAGGAGCAUAUAAUGGUACUUUUAGUGUACAACGAAUAAAAGCGUCGUCCUGCUUGCUCGUGUGCCGUUUUGGUUCACCAUGCUUAAUUCUAGGCAAUAUUCUACUAUUGAUAAUUCUCCACAGAGUAGCCUGACUAAUACUGAAAAUAUUAGUCAACAGCUCACACGGCAGUCCUUCAGCUGCCAAUUUUCGCAUGCUCUCAAAAUCGAUAUCUUCAUCGCACGACGUGACAUAUAAAAUUGAUAUCAUUCCAAGGAUACUCAACACAUAUUUGUUCACGCCUGUUAAUUCUCGGUGCGGUAAAACAAACUACUGUCAAACAGGUUUAUUACUGCAUUUCAUGGCAUAAAAAUCCAUAAUUUUGCAAAAAAGGAAGAUACUGUGACUUCGCAUACUUAACUUUACCUGCUUUUCAUGGAUGCAAAAUCCCAUUCUACGAAUUCAGAAGGGAUGUACUUGGCAAUUUUCCUGUUUACGUUAAUGUUUCGUUAGAUCACAACGCGCAAAAAUGAGGGGUUUAGAAGUGUAACAUUAAAUGACACAGGAAAUUAAUGAGUACCAGGUAACGUCCCAUUUUGCAUAAUUCUCGCCAGUUUACCUUCCAUAAAGCAGAUUUGAAAUAAAGUCUUAUUUAAUAAAAGGUCUUCUGUGUCUCGAGUCAAUUCAAUAAACAAAAAUAACCACAACAAUUAUAUGCGAUGCUACCCACUCAAAUGCCGCUCACGAUAAUCCAUGUGUUAGGUUAUUUACUGUACACAUACCCUCUGCUUUCUUGGUAGUUCACUUGUUAAUAUACUUUUAGGGAAAUCGCCCUAUCACCCUCCAAAGAGAAUACAAUGAUCUGAUCUUUUUUCAUAUUCGCCUAUAUAAGUAG